GAGGCGAAUAGCUCUUAAAGGGCCAGCCCACGCGCGUCCUUUUGUUCCGGGGCCGCAAGGCGGGGCAGGCCCAACUUUCGCAGUCUCCUUGUCUACUCUCCUGAACAGCCAUGAUUUCCCAGUUUUUCAUUCUCUCCUACAAGGGGGACCCGCUCAUCUACAAGGACUUCCGCGGGGACAGUGGUGGCCGGGAUGUGGCCGAGCUCUUCUACCGGAAGCUGAUGGGACUGCCCGGAGACGAGUCUCCAGUUGUCAUGCACCACGAUGACCGUCAUUUUAUUCAUAUCAGGCACAGCGGCCUCUAUUUGGUGGCCACGACUUGUGAAAAUGUUUCUCCCUUCAGCCUCCUAGAGCUGCUCUCCCGACUGGCCACUCUCCUGGGUGACUACUGCGGCUCCCUGGGUGAGGGGACCAUCUCACGCAACGUGGCUCUUGUCUAUGAACUCCUCGAUGAAGUGCUGGACUAUGGCUACGUACAGACCACGUCCACAGAGAUUCUGAGAAACUUCAUCCAGACAGAAGCUGUGGUCAGCAAGCCCUUCAGCCUCUUUGACCUCAGCAGUGUUGGCUUGUUUGGGGCUGAGACACAACAGAGCAAAGUGGCGCCCAGUAGUGCGGCAGGCCGCCCUGUCCUGUCCAGCCGCUCUGACCAGAGCCAAAAGAACGAAGUGUUUUUGGAUGUAGUCGAGAGGCUGUCUGUACUGAUAGCAUCUAAUGGCUCACUGCUGAAGGUGGACGUGCAGGGAGAGCUCCGACUCAAGAGCUAUCUUCCCAGUGGCUCUGAGAUGCGCAUUGGUUUAACAGAAGAAUUUUGUGUGGGGAAGUCAGAACUGAGAGGUUAUGGGCCAGGAAUUCGGGUGGAUGAGGUCUCAUUUCACAGCUCAGUGCAUUUGGAGGAGUUUGAAUCUCAUCGAAUUCUCCGCUUGCAGCCUCCUCAGGGGGAGCUCACUGUGAUGCGGUACCAACUCUCAGAUGACCUUCCUUCCCCGCUCCCUUUCCGGCUCUUUCCCUCGGUGCAGUGGGACCGAGGCUCAGGCAGGCUCCAGAUUUAUCUGAAGUUACGAUGUGACCUGCCCCCAAAAAGUCAGGCUCUCAAUGUCAGGCUGCACCUUCCCCUGCCAAGAGGGGUGGUCAGCCUGUCUCAGGAGCUGAGCAGUCCAGAGCAGAAGGCAGAGCUGGGGGAGGGCGCCCUUCGCUGGGACCUGCCCCGGGUGCAGGGAGGCUCUCAGCUCUCCGGCCUUUUCCAGAUGGAUGUCCCAGGCCCUCCUGGGCCUCCUGGCCAAGGGCAUUCCACUUCCACUUCUCCUCUGGGGCUGGGCCCUGCGAGCCUCUCCUUUGAACUUCCGCGACAUACAUGCUCUGGCCUCCAGGUGCGCUUCCUCAGGCUUUCCUUCAGACCCUGUGGCAAUGCCAACCCUCACAAAUGGGUGCGACACCUAAGCCACAGCGAUGCUUAUGUCAUUCGGAUCUGAGGCUUUCAAAACAAGGACACAGUGAUAUCAUUUCCAGUGUUUUGGUACUGGCUCUAU